AUGUCUGUAGAGGAUUUCACUUAUCUUCUGGAGAGGGUAACUCCUCAUAUUGUCAAGAAGGAUACACACCUCAGGAAAGCCAUCAGCCCUAGGGAGAGGCUUUCUAUUACUCUGAGAUUUUUGGCAACAGGAGAGACCUUCAACUCGUUGAGUUUCCAAUAUAGGAUUGGAAGCACCACUGUAAGCAAGAUCGUGAUGGAAACAUGCACAGCCAUUACCUCUGUGUUGUGUGAAGAGUACUUGAAGACACCAUCAACUGAUGCUGAAUGGAAGGCCAUUGCCAGCGACUUUUGCAGCAAGUGGCAGUUUCCCCACUGCUUGGGGGCUAUAGAUGGCAAGCACAUCUUCAUUCAACCCCCUGCCAAGAGUGGAAGCAUGUUCCACAACUAUAAAUCAAGAUUUUCAAUCAUCCUUAUGGCUGUAGUGGAUGCAAGUUACAGGUUUGUCUAUGCAUGCGCAGGGACACAGGGAAGGGUGUCAGACGCAGGAGUGUUUGCCCAUUUGGACUUGAGGGAAGCAAUGGACACAGGCACCCUGAACUUCCCCCCCACAGAUACCCUGCCAGGCACUGAUGCUGUGAUGCCAUAUGUGCUGGUUGGUGAUGAGGCUUAUCCUCUCCGCCCUGACCUCAUUAAACCAUAUCCAUUUUGGAACCUCAACACCAAUCAACGAAUAUACAAUUACCGCCUGUCCAGAGCUCGACGUGUGGUGGAAAAUGCAUUCGGAAUUCUGGCAAACCGCUUCCGAGUGUUCAGAACAACUAUCUGCCUGGAACCUGACAAGGUUGUGAAAAUUGUCUUUGCCUGCACAAUUUCCUUCGGCAACGCAGGCCAGAUGCCUACGUACCACCUGGAUACGUAG